UAAGUCCGUCAUCCGGGACCUACGCCGUCAGGCUUGUACUGCUGCUUUCCUCCUCAGACUCCAGCCUUACUGAGCCCUUACGCUAUAGAUGCCUGGUCGCUUGCCUCCUCAAGGCUCACUGUCGUUCAUCGGGUCUUAUGCCAGUUCACGUCAACAAUGUCUGAAGGCUUCUCGUGCCAUAUGUGCUAGACGAACUUUGGUCAAUUCGAGCUGGAGAUGUACGUCUAGUCCUGUUGCUGGGCCAUCGUCCAAUAGGUUAGGCAAGAAGCGCAACUUCCAUGCCUCAGCUCCCAACUUGGCGUCCCAGAAGGACCCAUACGCCGUUCUCGGGGUGAAGAAGGAUGCCACUCAAGCGGAAAUAAAGAAAGUUUAUUUCUCCCUCGCCCGCAAAUACCACCCGGAUACGAAUCCCGACAAGGAUGCGCAGGCUAAGUUCUUAGAGAUCCAGGAAGCAUAUGAUAUACUCAAGGACGAAAAGAAGAGAGCUGCUUACGAUAAAUAUGGGGCAGCCGCGCAGCAACCGGGAUUUGAUCCAGAUGCGUAUGAACGUGCGCGUAACAGCUUCGGUGGUAGUUUCGGCGGAGGUUUCAGAGGCUUCGAAGAUCUUGGUGCUGCCUUCGGGGCUCGUGGCGGUCAGGGUUCUGCUGACUUAUUUGAGCAAUUAUUUGGGGCAUUUGGUGGAGGGCCGCGACGUGGACCUGUGCGAGGAGAGGACCUAGAAACCACCAUUGGCAUUAGCUUUUCCGAGGCCUGCAAAGGUACCAAGCGGACGAUAACGAUUACACCGGUGGUGGAAUGUGCGACGUGCUCAGGCAGUGGUCUGAAGGCGGGCUACAAACGUACUCGCUGUACUGUUUGCAAUGGCACUGGUACGCGAACCUUUACCAUCGAGAGCGGUUUCCAGAUGGCAAGUACUUGUAUGGCCUGUGGAGGAACUGGGAGCACUGUCCCACGGGGCAGUCAGUGCGAUGAUUGCUCUGGUAUGGGUAAGGUCAGAGCCAGGAAGACUGUUCCCGUGGAUAUCCCUGCAGGCGUGGAAGACGGGAUGACAAUCCGUGUGCCUAACGCUGGCGAUGCGCCUGCAAGUGGCAAAGGACAACCUGGUGACUUGCUCAUUAGGGUACAUGUAGCCCCAUCCAAACAAUUCCGGCGUCAAGGCGCCAAUCUUUACCACGAAGCUAGGAUACCGGUGCAUACCGCUCUAUUGGGUGGUAGGGUGCGGGUACCUACUUUGGAUGGCGAAGUUGACGUACGCGUUCCCGGCGGAACUCAACAGGGAGAAGAGAUGGUUCUAAAGGGUCGUGGUGUUCAACGAGUAUUUGGCGGCGAUAAGGGAGAUCUCUUUGUCACAUUUUCUGUCCAACUACCCAGAUCUCUCACAAAACGACAACGUGAGAUCUUGCAGCAAUACGCUGACGACGUCGAAGGCCGGCCCCCUUCGACUUCGGGAGCUGCUUCACAAGACUCAGCGCCUAGAGCUACUACGAGUGAUCCGCCGUCAGGCGGUGAACAGAAGUCUUCUACUUCGCAUGAUAACGACGCACCGGCCAAAGAAGCUGGCUCCGAGGCCGACGACACAUCCGAAGUAGGGGAACGAAAGAGAGCGACGGCGUAGCUGUCACACGUCGUGUGUCCGUCCGUAUGACGCCCGGAGGACUACGAGGACUGAAUCGGUAAUAGAUAAUGAUGUAUAGCUCGUAAUAAUAUGGGGAGUAGGAAGGAUGAUCCAGAUCUCGUAGGAAG